UCCACUUUGCGUUUUCUUUAAUGAUUUUUCUGUCAAACAUCUUCCACCUGCCCCAAUUCGACAGGCACACACACUCGCAUGCAUGUGUCCACCGCACUGCUACCGAAUUCACUACCAAUCUUGUCUUUGACUUUCAUACGAAGCAUCGCAUCCCACAAUCCCAUCCCUCUCUCAACAUUCAAAACAAAACCGGAAAAACACAGAAAGAAGCGAGAGAGAGAGAGAGAGAGAGAGAGAGAGGGAAACCCCAGGGACACUGGGUGAGGCAGUAACACAUGGAGAGGCAGAGAAGUUUCUCUGUCAAGUCCGCGAAACUCCUGGUCUUUUCCCUCACGAUCUCUUCCUCCCUCGCCUUCUUCGCUUUCCUCUCCGUCUGGGCCUUCAGGAUAACCCCUCCCACCCACCCAGAAACCCACCUCCACUUCAACAUAAACCCCUCGACUGUUCAGAAACUGACUGGAUUUAGUGGGAACUCGUCAGCAGUCAGCGCAAAAGGUUCGAUUUUGAUCGGUGCCCAUCUCGAGAAGCCCGACAGUGCUUCUAGAAAUGCCGCUGGGUUUCUGAAAUUCUCAGCUCUGAGGGAGAUUCAGAAGGAUGGAAGCGACUCCGAAGUGCCAGACGACGAAGACACUGCGUUCAAAGCACUCUCUGAGAAUGACGAUGAUUCGGGUGGUCAAAAAAUCGAAGCGGCAAACUCAAAUAAGAGCACUCAUCCAUGGCAAGUUGUAGUGGCGAAAAGUGAAGGAAUCGAAGAGGGGAGAGAGAAAGCGACUCCAUCGCAGCAAGAGGAAGGUUUAGUCAGUGUGGAGAGCGAAGCAGAGAGUUCAGGAGGUUGUGAAUUGGCGAGAGGGAAGUGGGUUUACGACGAGAGCUAUCCUCUUUACACGAAUGGGUCGUGCCCUUUCAUAGACGAAGGUUUCGAUUGCGAGGGAAAUGGAAGACCAGAUAAAGACUACGCGAAGUGGAGGUGGCAACCGCAAGAUUGUGACUUUCCAAGGUUCAAUGCUACGAACAUGCUGGAAUUAAUCAGAGGGAAGAGGUUAGUAUUUGUUGGGGAUUCAAUGAACAGGAACCAGUGGGAAUCCAUGCUGUGCCUGUUGAUGGGAGGCGUUCGAGAUCCGAAGAGGGUUUAUGAGGCCCGUGGACGGAAAAUUACCAAAGAGAAGGGGAAUUAUAGUUUCAGAUUUGUGGAUUAUAAAUGUACAGUUGAAUUCUAUGUGACUCAUUUUUUGGUUCACGAGAGCAAGGCACGGCUCGGGAAGAAGAGGAUACAAACAUUGCGGAUUGACACCAUGGAUCGUGGCUCAUCCAGAUGGAGAGGAGCCGAUAUUUUGGUCUUCAACACUGCCCAUUGGUGGUCCCAUUACAAAACAAAAGCUGGGAUCAAUUACUACCAAGAGGGGCGUCAAGUCCUUCCCCAGCUUGAUGUUUCAACGGCCUUCAGGAAAGCUUUAAUGACCUGGGCAUCUUGGGUUGAUAGGCACAUCAAUCCGGCCAAAACACAGGUCUUCUUCCGAAGUUCCGCACCUUCUCAUUUCAGGGGAGGUCAGUGGAACUCUGGAGGCCAUUGCCGAGAAGCAACCCGACCCCUUAAUACUUCCUCUAGUAACUGGUACUCGGAGAAGAACGUUAUUGUGGAGGAUGUUAUGAGGCAUAUGAAAACUCCUGUAACGUUAUUGAACAUAACCGGUCUGUCCAUGUACAGAAUAGAUGGCCAUCCAUCUAUUUAUGGAGGAAGAACGGGGAAAGGACGCUCUUCCAACAUACAGGACUGCAGUCAUUGGUGUCUUCCUGGCGUUCCAGAUACGUGGAACGAACUUCUGUAUAUGCAUUUGCAAACUAAACUACGUCAUACUGUCCAGUAAAUGUAUAUUCAAUUAAUUUUUUCUUAGUUCCUUUUCGGUUUUUUCUCAA